AGAGGAUUGCCACCUAAUUUGGCGCUUCACUCCUCCUUUCCUUUCCCACAACUCCAACAUUUUAAGAAAGUGUCAAAGAGUACUUUAAAACCCUUUCAGAUAGGAACUGCGUUAUUGUUUUUCUAUUGUUUUUUCAACGCGCACGGUGAAAAGAAGCCUUAGAUCGAGAAGCAUGCUGUGAUUGAGAAGAGAGUAAUAAAAGGUAUCAAACGCCCCAAAAAAAUGUUGAGAGUCGUAGUGGAAUCUGCCAAAGACAUCCCCAAAAAGAAAUUCGGAAAUCCAGAUCCCAUAGGGACUAUAGCGUUCAGAGAUGAAAAGAAGAAAACUAAAGCAAUAAAUAAUGAAGUCAAUCCCGUUUGGAAUGAAGUGCUUGAUUUUGAACUUAAGGGCUCCCCAUUGGACGCUUCUUCCUUCAUAGAAGUUAUUGUGAAAGACUAUGAAACUAUUGGCAAUAACAAAUUCAUCGGAUCAGCUAAGAUCUCUCUCCAAGAUCUUGCCCUUGGUCAUACCAAAUCCCUACCUGCAAAGAACCUGUCCCUUGUCAACGAGAAGAAACAAGAAACAGGGGCUACCAUUGAUUUGAUGAUAGGUUAUGAGCCGCCAACUAACACCACUCCUAACCUCAAUGACCAAACUCAUGGAAACCAAUUGUAUGGGGACACAGAUGGCGUUGAGGAGGGGGGGAAUGGUGAGGAAGAAGUUUUCCCAAAGGGUCAGAUGGGGACUCCUGGAGGUCUACCCACACCUGGCCAAACGCCUGUCCGGGUGAACCGCAAGAAACACCGGGCCCUGGCCAACAAGCCUCAGGACUUUCAGAUUCGUAUUAGAGUUAUUGAGGGCCGACAGUUGCCGGGCAACAACAUCAAACCGGUCGUUAAGGUGAAUCUGUGCGGACACACCCACAGAACCAGGAUCCGACGAGGAAACAAUCCUUUCUUUGACGAGAUUUUCGUCUUCAAUGUCAACAUGCUGCCUUCAGAGCUUUUAGAUGAGUAUAUCAACAUUUGGGUGUUUGACUCGUACUGCCUCCGAGCUGAUAGUUUAAUCGGGGCGUUCAAGUUUGAUGUCGGUUACAUCUACGACGAACCCGCCCAUGCCAUCAUGAGGAAGUGGGUUCUUCUGAGUGACCCCGAUGACUCUCAAGUGGCCAAAGGUUACCUAAAGGUCACCGUGAUCAUCGCAGGCACAGGAGACGAGCCACUGACUGAGAAGAGAGAUCGGAAUGAAGAACAGGAUGACAUAGAAAGUAAUCUAUUGGUGCCAGCUGGGGUAACGCUCAGACUGGUUACUCUCAAUUUGAAGGUGUACCGUGCCGAGGACAUGCCUCAGAUGGAUAAUGCGGUUGUGCAGACUGUAAAACAUGUAUUGGGAUUCGAAGGCGAUAAGAAAAACCUAGUGGAUCCCUUUCUGGAGGUCAGCUUUGCUGGCAAGAAGCUGUGCACCAAAAUCAUUGAGAAAAACGCAAAUCCUGAGUGGAAUCAGCUGAUCAACCUUCAGGUCAAGUUCCCAUCCAUGUGUGAACGCAUCAAGUUGACUGUCUUUGACUGGGAUCGUCUGAGCAGGAAUGAUGCAAUAGGAACAACCUUUCUAAAUCUGACCAAAAUAUCCUCAACUGGUGAUAUCCCUGCAGAAAAUAGCACCACCUUGGCAUCUGAAGUGAGCCGGGAGGCAGAGGUGGGGUUCCUCCCAGUGUUCGGGCCUUGCUACCUGAACCUUUACGGCAGUCCCAGGGAGUACACUGACCUCCCAGACCAAUACGAGGAACUCAACUACGGCAAGGGUGAAGGGGUGGCCUACAGGGGCAGAGUCCUCAUCGAGCUCUCCACUCAGCUGGAGGGCAAAGCUGACAGGAAAGUAGACGACAUCUCCAGUGACGACAUCCUGGUGGCCCAGAAAUACCAGCGAAGGAGGAAGUUCUCGCUUUGUGCUGUGUUCCAUAGCUCAUGCAUGCUCCAGGAACCCGGUGAGCCAAUCCAGUUUGAGGUUAGCAUCGGUAACUAUGGAAACAAGCUGGACUCUACCUGCAAGCCAUUAUCGUCUACAACCCAGUACAGCUGUGCUGUGUUUGACGGUAACCACUACUACUACCUGCCCUGGGCGGAUACCAAACCUGUUGUCAUUCUCACAUCUUUCUGGGAAGACAUCAGCCACCGACUGGAUCCAGUCAACAUCAUUCUCUACAUUGCAUACAGACUGGAGUCCAACCUCACGUCCUUGAGAACAGCCAUCCUUGCCAAAGCCUCAGAUGCACGCUUAGCUGAGAUCUGGCUCAAACUCAUCAACCAAGUUAUUGAGGACCUGAGCAACUUUCAGAUACCAGAGCUUGACGGCAAGCCAAACCUGACCUCGCUGGACCUCCAGAUUAAGAAGAUGCGUGACUCAGCAGUGGCCAGCAUCAGAGAGAUGGCCAAACAGAUGAAAGAGGAGGCCACCAACGUUAAAUCCACGCUUACAGAUAUUGAGGACUGGCUGGAGAGAUUGAAACAGCUUGCAGAUGAGUCCCAGAAUAGUAUACCUGAUGUGGUGAUCUGGAUGCUGCGUGGAGAGAAGAGGGUGGCAUAUGCUCGCAUCCCAGCCAAUCAGAUCCUAUACUCCACCUACAGUGAACAGGCCUGUGGGAGAUACUGUGGCAGGACCCAGACCAUCUUCAUGCAGUACCCCAUGGACAAAAACAAAGGUCUGAAGAUCCCUGCCAUGCUCCGUGUCAACAUGUGGCUUGGGCUGUCUGCCCAUGAGAAGAAGUUCAACAGCUUUUCAGAAGGAACUUUCAGCGUGUUCGCUGAAAUGUAUGAGAACCAGGCUCAGGUGUUUGGGAAGUGGGGCACCACAGGGCUGGUGUACCGGCAUAAGUUCUCUGAUGUGACCGGAAAGGUGAAGCUUAAGAAGGAGUGCUUCAUGCCCCCCAAGGGGUGGGAGUGGGAGGGUGACUGGAUUGUCGACCCUGAGAGAGGACUCCUAACAGAGGCAGACGCGGGGCACACUGAAUUCACAGAUGAGGUAUUCCAGAAUGAAACGCGUUACCCUGGUGGGGAGUGGAAGCCUGCUGCUGAACCUUUUACUGAUGUGAAUGGGCAGACAUGCCAGAGUGCAGGGGAAAUGGAGUGCCCUGCAGGCUGGAAGUGGGAGGACGACUGGAGCUUUGACAGCAACAGGGCCGUGGACGAGAAAGGUUGGGAGUAUGGCAUCACCAUUCCCCCCGAUGACAAGCCCAGGUCCUGGGGAGCAACAGAGAAAAUGUACCACACCCACCGCAGGAAGAGGCUCGUACGGCCACGAAGGAAAAUAUCGAACACUGCAGCAGCACCCGAGAGGCGGGAUUCAGGCGAGGGCUGGGAAUACUCGUCCCUGAUUGGCUGGAAGUUCCACAGGGUGGCGCGCUCAUCGGACACUUUCCGCCGUCGGCGUUGGAGACGGAAGAUGGCCCCGUCCAAUGGCAUUGGAUCAUCAGCUAUCUUCAAACUGGAGGGGGCACUGGGUGUAGAUGUUGAUGAGCAGGUCAGCAAGAAGGAUGCAGCCCUGCUUUUUGGUGCCAGCACUCCGACCGUUUCCUGUCACUUUGACCGGUGUUAUGUGUAUCAUCUGAGAGUGUAUGUCUAUCAGGCCAGGCAUCUCAUCGCCAUGGACAAGGAUAGCUUCUCAGAUCCCUAUGCCCAUGUGUCAUUCCUCCAUGUGAGUAAGACCACAGAGGUCAUCAAGGCCACUCUGAACCCCACCUGGGACCAGACCCUCAUCUUCAAUGACAUUGAGAUCUAUGGAAACCCACAGACAAUUGCACAAAACCCCCCGAGUGUGGUAUUGGAGCUCUACGACAGUGACCAAGUGGGUAAGGAUGAGGCCAUGGGUCGCAGCAUGUGUCCCCCGGUGGUGAAGCUGAAUCCCGGCGCUGCAGUCUCCCCAAAAUUGCUUUGGUUCCCCAUCACCAAGAAAGGCCACAGUGCCGGAGAGAUACUGGUUGCUGCUGAGCUACUGCUGAAAGACAAGGCUAAUGAGGGUGAUUUGCCCCUGGCACCCCCCCGGCGAGGGGAGAGACUCUACAUGGUUCCCCAGGGAAUCAGGCCUGUUGUACAGCUUACUGCCAUUGAGAUCUUAGCCUGGGGUCUGAGGAACAUGAAAAAUUACCAGUUGGCUUCAGUCACCUCUCCCAGCCUAAUAGUGGAGUGUGGGGGGGAGAUUGUCGAGACGCCCGCUAUCCAAAACAUCAAGAAGAAUCCCAACUUCCCAGGAUCUAUCCUCUUCCUUAAAGUGCUCCUACCCAAAGAAGAGAUGUAUACCCCUCCCAUUGUGCUUAAGGUGAUAGACCAUCGGCCUUUUGGUAGGAAGCCCAUUGUGGGCCAGUGUACCAUUGACUCCCUGGAGGAGUUCCGAUGUGACCCCUACUUAACCAGCGCUGAGGUGGCCAUGUCGGCCAAAGUGGCCAUGAUAGCAGCAACUCAAGGAGACAUCAUCAUUGACAUGGAGAACAGACAAAUCCUUAAUACUAGGGAAGAGGAGGCAGUUGACUGGUGGAGUAAGUUCUAUGCCUCUUUGGAAGAGCAUGCUAAGUGUGGGCCGUACCUGACAAAAGGAUAUGACACACUAAAGGUGUAUGACUGUGAGCUGGAGGAAGUUCCUGAGUUCCAGGGGUUGACGGAUUUCUGUCACACAUUCCGACUGCAGCGGGGGAAGACUGAUGAUGAUGAAGACGACCCCUCAGUGGUCGGAGAGUUCAAGGGUUCUUUCCGGGUUUACCCCCUACCUGAUGACCCAGGAGUGUCAGCCCCACCCCGCCAGUUCAGAGAACUUCCCCAGAGCGGGUUGCAAGAGUGUCUGGUCAGGAUCUACGUGGUGCGAUGCAUGGACCUGCAACCUAAAGACACUAAUGGCUUGUGUGACCCUUACAUCAAGAUUUCUUUGGGGAAGAAAACAAUAGAAGACAGGGACAACUACAAACCAAACACACUCAAUCCAGAGUUUGGCAGGAUGUUUGAGAUGUCCUGUUUCCUCCCCCAUGAAAAAGACCUUAAGAUAUCUGUGUACGACUAUGACAUGCUCAGCCGAGAUGAUAAAGUGGGAGAGACAGUCAUUGACCUGGAGAACAGAGUCCUUUCUCGAUUCCGCUCCUGCUGUGGCCUUCCGCAGUCCUACUGCCUCUCAGGUAUAAACCAGUGGAGGGAUCAGCUGAAGCCCUCCCAGAUCCUGGAAAAACUGGCGAGACUGAGAGGGAUCUCACCUCCCCAAACCUCAGCAGACGGCGGCAUGCUGUCCUUUGGUGGAAAAGACUACAACCUGUUGGACUUGGAGGCCAACAGAGUGAUCCACCAGCACCUGGGUCCAGUCAGAGAGAGGAUGGCAUUGCAUGUUCUGAGGGAACAGGGUCUGGUACCAGAACAUGUAGAGACCAGGACCCUGUAUAGUUCUUUCCAACCUACACUUUCCCAGGGGAGGAUUCAGAUGUGGGUGGACAUCUUCCCGAAGAACCUAGGUAUACCAGGACCUCCCUGUAGCAUCACUCCACGCCGAGCCAAGAAAUACUUCCUGCGGGUCAUCAUAUGGAACACCACUGAUGUCAUACUGGAUGAGACCAGCAUCACCGGAGAGGAUAUGAGUGAUAUCUAUGUCAAAGGAUGGAUGCCUGGUAUGGAGGACAACAAGCAAAAGACGGAUGUGCACUACAGGUCCUUGGAUGGUGACGGAAACUUCAACUGGCGAUUUGUUUUUGGCUUUGACUAUCUAUCCGCUGAGCAACUGUGCCUUGUUUCCAGUAAAGACCAUUUUUGGAAUCUAGACAAAUCUGAGUUCCGGAUCCCACCAAAGUUGAUCAUCCAGAUUUGGGACAACGACAAAUUCUCACUGGAUGACUACUUAGGCACUGUUGAGCUGGACCUGCUCCAUCUGAUCCCACCUGCCAAGAACUCUGAGAAGUGUAAUCUCAACAUGCUUCCAGGCAUUUCAGGCUCAAAGCCUUCCAAACAACCCCAGCCCAACUCUCUGUUCAACCAGAAGUCUGUGCGGGGCUGGUGGCCCUGUAUGAUUGAGCAGGAUGGGAAGCACAUCCUGGGAGGGAAGGUUGAGAUGACCCUGGAAAUACUGGAUGAGAAGGAGGUAGAAGAGAGACCUGCUGGGAAGGGCCGAGAUGAACCAAACAUGAACCCCAAACUAGUCUUCCCCAAUCGCCCCGACACUUCCUUUUUCUGGUUCAGCAGUCCGUGCAAGACUAUGAAGUUCAUCAUAUGGCGCCGAUUCAAAUGGAUCUUCAUUGGUGUAAUAGUCCUCCUGCUUGUGCUGCUGUUCAUUGGGAUCCUGCUGUACUCCUUACCAAACUACAUCGCAAUGAAAAUGGUGAAGCCUUUCUCUUAGGAGUUUUUCUACAAGGGAUUAAGCGAUAGAAGACGUAACACUCUGGCCCAGGCAUUUAAUGACAUGUAUUCCUAUCAGUUUUAUCCAGCAUUAUUUUUAUUGAAAAAUUUGAUGAAGCUUAAAUGGUUAGGUUUUAUAUUGCUGCUUUUUUUUCAGCAGUCAUCAGUUGCACUAAACAAUUAAGCUUGUUUCCACUGCCCUCUCGUCACUGUACUGUAUUGUCUAUACUUUACAUUGCCCUCUCGUCACUGUAAUGUGUUGUCUAUACUUUACACUGCCCUCUCUUCACUGUACUGUGUUGUCUAUACUUUACACUGCCCUCUCUUCACUGUACUGUGUUGUCUAUACUUUACACUGCCCUCUCUUCACUGUACUGUUUUGUCUAUACAUGUCUGUCUUUCCCUGCAAAAACAAAAACAAAUCCAGUUCUAUCUUGUAUGUAUGCUUUAAUGAACUUAAUAUGAAUAAACUAUGUUAUAAUCACUGAGAAAAAUAACUACAGAUAUCAAACUGCUAAAGUGGCUUCAGACAAUGUCCUAACAUCCUGUGGUCCACUAGCUUCAAGUCCAUAGAGAAAUGAUGAGAGAGGGUUUGUGCUCAGGCUAAAGUACUGUAAAAAGGCUUCCGGUGUGUAAGCGAAACAAUAUAAUAUAACCAUAAUACUCACACUCAUUCCAGGAUUUUUAUUAAUUCCUAUAUCUCAGCCUCCUUGGAUCUUUUCCUUUUCAAUGUCAGGUGUAUGAGUAUGUGGUAAUGUGUCAUGUUUUGUCAAAAUAUUGUCUCCACUGUUAUUUUCAGCAUUAAUUAGCUUUAGUUGAAGUGUAACGUUUGAGUAGUGUUAUCUCAGUCUAGAAUGUAGUAGGCGAAGGAAGCACAUGAGAGUGGUUAAACUUUACAACUCUUGAGUUCCCUUAAUCUCGAGUCUAACAUCAUAGAGCACCCUCUGGUGUCCUGACUUGUAAUAGGAUCUAAUGCAUAUUCCAGACUGCAUAUGAAUGUUUAGAAGGGCUCAUUGUAAACGGAAAUAAAAAAGGUAGGCCCUUUCAACUUUGUUAAAAUGUAACUAAAUUGUAUGGCCUUAAAUAUUUGCCUAUUUAUCAAGGUUCGAGUGUUGACACAGAGCUCCUCCUUUAUAUAAUGUGGAGAUUGAGUGGACACGUGAAAUAAGGAGAAAACAAUCUUAUGCCCCCUACUAUGGGAAACUCACAUUCUUCAUACACAGUUCUUCCCACCCUUACAGUUAGUCAGAUCCCACUCAGCCCAGUCAAACUCUUAUCUGCCCAGAGUAGGACUGCAUGUUCUUAAACUGAAGUUCUUAUGUUGUUGUUGUUGUUGUACACAGCAUCAUUUGAACACUGCCUGUGCAAUGUUAUCCGCCUGAUGCAAAUAACAAUAAAUGACGUUAAUAACAAACAAAACGGACCGCAAACAGAGAGUUAGGGGUGUCUGGCUCAUUGGUGCUGCUGCAGCUUAUGAGGCAUGGCAGGUACCAGGGAGACUUGGCAAAUGUGCCGCGGCAGGUGGCAGAGUUGUGGCAGGUAACGUGGCUCAUAGCGUAGCUGUGUAACAUGCCAGAGGUGGCAGACACCGAUGUUGCACACAAAUAGACAAUAAAAUGCUGAUUCGAUAAGUUUUAAAUCCAUUUAAGUUGCUCACAGUGCAUUCAGAAAGUAAUCAGACCCCUUCACAUUUUGUUACAUUAUUGCUUUAUUCUAAAAGGUUUUACAUAGUUUUUUUUCCCUCAUCAAUCUACACACAAUAUCCUAUAAUGGCAAAGAAAACAGGUUUCUAGAAUAAAAAAACAUGUAUCACAUUUACAUAAGUAUGACACUCAACUGGUGUCCACAAGUGGUAAAUUCAAGUGAUUAGCCAUAAUUUGUAUAGGCACACAACUGUUUAUUCGAGAUAAUUAUAUUUUACUAAAAAUAAAAAUGUAAACAUCAGCCCUGAUCUGUUCAUCUGCAAUUCUGAUCAUGCAUUAAAGCCCUCAAAUAUAAUAUGCACAAA